AUUACAACGUGGUAGUUAGCGUGGUAUUGGUGCAAUAUGUGAAUCUCAAUCUCAACUCAAAGAAUAGUGUCAAAUGACGUUUUUUACUUACAAAAUUCGUUUCAAACGGUGAAUUUAUAUCAUGAAAAUGAGUGGUGUUUUAAAAAAGUGAUUAAAAUGAAGGUUAUCGUAUUAAAAUCGGGCGAAUUUCGCAACUACACAGUGUUAUUCUCGUAAAAACAAGUGUUUUCGGACGUAAACAUGCAAGAAAAUAACAGAGGAGGGGAGAGACCGAAAAUUGCACCGAAACCGUCGAUUCCGUCUAAACCGCGAUACGUUCCUCCUGUUAAAAUUCAACAACAACAAAGAAUUAGUCAAAACGAUAAUGCUAAUUUACAGAAAAAAGAACCGAAACUGCUUCAUAAGGAAUUGACUAGAGCUAGAGAUUUCCAAAAUAUUCCACCAUCUGGAAUCAAAACUGAUUUUAAGGAAUAUACAACGGAAAAAAAUGAUUUUAUAACUGACCCCAAGCACAAAGGUAUUGAAACUAAUGUUAAAUAUGAUACUUAUGCGGCAACCUAUAUAAGUGAAAAAUGUGAUAAACUUACUACUAAUUUAGAUUCGUUCAAAAAAAUUGAAGAUAUUCCGCAUAAAGCACCACAGUCGCCUAGUACAGUAUGUUGCAGCAUUUUGUCAAACGCCACGACGGAAUGUUGCGGUAUGAUAAAUAUUAAUAAAAAGGAAUUGAAUGACAAGUCGAUGACAAAAGUAGAUUCAGUAGACUCUAACUCAUCAGACUCAGGAGGGUUUAAAGAUUUUGUACAAUUAGACAUCGCAAAAAAACUAUCGCCCGAACCAGAAAAACAACCGUUAGAAUCCCAUCAGUUGCAUCAAAGAAAUAUUUCACAAUUAGAACUAUUGGAAAUGAGAAAUGAGCUGAAGCAGUAUUCUCAUGAUAGAAAAUCGUCACUGUCUGAUUUCAAGUCGCACGAAGUUAGACAAUCGUUUUCGCAAAAUAAACAAAACGUCGCAAAUGCACAAGCUUUAGUACAAUUUCUACCCCAAACAGAGCAACAAUAUUUCCAAAAGCCAGCUCAGAACAUCGAACGUACAGAAAAUUUCCACCAGCACAUUGCAAAGUUUAGCUCAAAUCUUAAUAAGACUGAAGAGUCAAAAGUAAAGCCAAAACCGAUUAUAAAACAGGGUCAAUUUCAACAAUCAACGAAAAAAUUGGAAGAAUUGCUUUUACAACGAUAUGAAAAAGAAAAAGUGUUAAGAAAAAAUUCUGGCUAUUUAACUGAUGGAGAAUCCAGUCAGGAUAUUGAACAGAAAAUGUCCAUUCAGAAACAGAUUCAACAGAAAUUACAGGCCGAUCUUCAGCAAACCGUAAAACAAAUUCAAGAAAUCCAAAGUAUAGAAUUGAGAUUGCCCCAGAAUAGGAAAUGGUCCGAGAGCAACAGAAGUCAACCUGCCAUUGGACUUAAACAUACUCCAAAAUCUAGGCCCACAAUUUUCGGUACAGUAGCAUCAGACCUCACACCAAAAGACUGUUCAAAUAGAAGGAGCUUACCUCAAACUCCGCAAACAAAAAGUUUUGCCAAUAUAUUCAACGGGGAAGCUGGUCAAGACGGAUCUGCGGAGUCUACUUUCCAACAAGAAAAUGCUCUGGUCUACCGAGACGGAAAUCUAAUCUCCGGCCCAUUGGAUGCAUUAAUCCAACAUAUGGUACCUACCGAUCAGUAUUACCCAGACAGAGCUUACCUGUUCGCGUUUCUAUUGUCGUCCCGAUUAUUCAUCAAACCCCACGACCUUUUGGCCAAAGUUCGAACGUUGUGCGAGACGCAGCAGGGUCUCGCAGGCAAACCCACAGGAAGUACGGCGCAGACACGGUUUGCGGAACAUUUGGUCCAAUUGCUGGCCGAAUGGACAGAGACGUUUCCUUAUGAUUUCAGGGACGAAAGAAUGAUGGAACAUGUCCGAAAAAUAACUCAACAGUGCUGUGCCAUUAAUUCCACCCUUAGAGCCAACGUAUCAGCUCUCCUUCAUAAUCUCCAUCCUAGACUGACUGCUCUAGAAGCUUAUGAAAAGUCUUUUGAAAAUCAAUGUACGAACGCUGACGAGAAUUUUACAGAUAUAUCUGAGAUUUGUUCUAAUCCAGCAACAUUAGCCCAACAAUUAACCCACGUGGAAUUAGAAAGGCUGUCUUUCAUCGGACCUGAAGAAUUUGUACAAGCCUUUGCUAAGGAAAAUCCGAAUUUGGAGACUUCUUUCAAGGAUAUGAAGAAGACUCAUAAUUUGGAACAGUAUGUUCAAUGGUUCAAUAGGCUAAGUUAUUUUGUGGCUACACAAGUUUGUAAAUAUCAAAAAAAGAAGAUGAGAGUCCGCGUAGUAGAAUAUUGGAUAGAGACUGGAAGAGAAUGUUUCAAUAUUGGAAAUUUCAACAGUCUAAUGGCCAUUAUAGCUGGGCUUAAUAUGUCGCCAAUAUCCAGACUCAAAAAGACGUGGAGUAAGAUACAUUCUGGGAAAUUUGCUAUUUUGGAACACCAGAUGGAUCCCAGUAGUAACUUCAGUAGCUAUAGAAGUACAUUGAAAGCAGCAAUGUGGAGAAGUGAAGGAGCAACAGAUCAAAGACAAAGAAUCGUCAUUCCCUUUUUCAGUUUAUUGGUUAAAGAUCUUUAUUUUCUCAAUCAGGGAUGUUCGAAUAGAUUACCGAACGGUCACAUAAAUUUCGACAAAUUCUGGCAACUAGCAAAACAAGUUACUGAAUUCAUGGCUUGGAAGCAAGUAACUUGUCCAUUCGAAAAAGAUGCAAAAAUAAUAAAUCUUCUACAACACGGCCCUAUAUUAAACGAGAAUGCCCUAGCUUUAGCCAGUUUCGAAUGUGAACCACCCGAUAACAAUCAAGAAAAAGAGAGAUGCAAAACACUUAAAGCUGACCCUUCUGCCAAUUAAAGGGGACCUGAACCUUAUAUAAGGAAAUUUAUUUCAUUUCAAAUUUUAUUGCCAAUUUAAUAUUUAGCAAAAGUUAGAUUUAACUGCUUUUAUAUAUUUCUGUCCAAGUGAUCAUACAUUUAAUUUAAGUGACUUCUUUGUGGUUAUCCAUUUUCAACACAAUUCUAGUACAAAUUUUCAUUCUUUUGUUUUUGAACGGACUCCAAAAUAAUUUGGUUCAUGUUUAUGUCAUGUCAUUUAUUAGUACAAACCAUUUUUAAUUAUGUUUUACUUCCAGAAAGUUUCAUAGAAAAUCACAAGCUUGACAAAUACACAUAACUGUAAAUGAAAGAUUUGUUGGAUCUGCUAUUAAUUGUGAAAGCAAAACCGGUAGUCAGUUUAUCAAUACCUGUUGUUUAUUGAUAUAUCCAGCGAAUAUUUAAAUGAAAUAUGAAUAUCAGAGAUUCAAUUUGAAGACUUUAAAGCAACUCUACAUAUAAAUAGAACAAACUGCAGGAUCAGCACACAAAAAAAACUAACUAUGAGUUUUCUCAUUUUAAUAAUUACGAUAUUAAGAUUAAAAUUUGUACAAUCAGACAUUAAAACUGGACAAAACAUAUAUCGAUAAAAUAAGCAAAUGUAGUGGGUAGGUAUCAGAAGAAUAUUAAUUAAAAUUUUUGGAACAAAAAUUAAUGAUAAGUUUUGAUCUAGGAUCAUUCUUAGUAAAUGUAUGAGUAUCAAAUAUUAAUAUUUUAUCUUGUAUUUUGAGUAUUCAAUUAUUCUACACCGUUCGAUGUAGUUCUCAACGUUAUAUUAACGUUAAGAGUAAACUUGUGUGAAUAUUCUUUAACUCACAAAAUGCCAAUUGUAGUGCAGAUUAGAUUUCGUUAACAUGUUAAAUCUAACUCCUGCAAAUUUAUAUUUUUAAAUAGAAGUGAUGAAAUCAAUCAAACUUUAUUUUAAACAUUUAUUUUCUAUACAAAAUGUUAUUGUUGUAAAUUAUGUAUUGCUUUCUUAUUAUAUUCCAAUAUAUUUAAUUUUUGUAUAUAAUUAUGUAUAAUUUCUCAUUCAUUCAAAACGAAUUUUAUUUUUUUAUUAAAUAUUCAAUAUUACUACUACUUUUUAUGUCUAUUGUGAUUUUUUAAUGUUUGAAUAUAAUUAAUAUUGUGAUUUAAAAGCACAAGUUAUGUUCCUUAAAUCUGUAAGUAUGCUUGUCCAUGCGUUUGAUGGAUUCUUUUGCUAUGCCACCAAUGUCAAAUUUCAUUGUUACUCAUUCUUAGAUAAAUAUCAACAAUAAUUUUAUAUCAUGAUUUAAAUCGUAUAAAUGAACAAAUACCUAUUACUGUCUUUCUUGCCUAUUAAUUACAAUACCAAUCUAAGUGGAAUACUCUCCUCACUAGUUUAGUAAUUAACGUAUCCCUUCACACUAUAAGCAAUCCAAGAAUUUUCUGUCUUGGAAAAAAUGAUUUUGUGGUAAUUUUUAAAUACAAUCCUAUAAUUUUCUACAUAGAAGCUUCUUACACUCAUUACAAUAAUACACUUAGACUAAUAAUGUUCCACGUCCACACUAUAAUCUGCUUCAGUACUACGUUUAAUUCUUAUUUCACGCAUGGCUUUGUCCUUUUGAGCCUACUCGCCUAAUUAGUAUCAAGAUAGGAUAAUCUCUAUAACACAUAAUCUUAGAACUGAUCUUCGUAAUCCUUGGCUUAUGAUUGUAUUCAACUUUCAUUGCAUUUUUUCCAGAAAGAAUUUGUACAUCAGGAUUUGAGAAUGAUUGAUGCUGUGAACUCAUUUCACAAUCAAAGCUUGGUUUUCUUAUUAUUCUUACCUAUAUUAUUUACUUACAAGGGGUUCCUUUGUUUUAUUUAUUUAUAAACAUCUGUUAUUACUUUGAAAUUGCCUUGCCAAACUAAUAUGUCUAAAUAUUUGUCAUCACCAACAAUCCGCUGUAAUUAGGCUUGUUGAUAUUUGAAACUCAUUUUCUUAUUGCUUGAUAGUUAGUAUGUGACAUUGGGGUAUGCUUUUUUAACAUAAUUUAAUUUUAUAGUUGACGUAACAAGUGUUGAAAAUGUAUUUAUAAUAGUGAUUUGAUAGUUUUACGUGUAUGAAAAUUUUCUAAUAUUUUAUAUUUACGAACCAACGUCAUAUUGAAGAAACUACUUAAUUUAUAAAGAAAAUUAUAAAAAAAAUGUUUUUGUACCUACCAAUUUGUAAUAAUUUUGUACCUCAGUGUUUUUACAAGUAUUUAUAGAAACUAUAUAUUGUACUUAAAGUAAACUAUUGACCAAUGUAGUAACAGUUCUUCCGAAUUACCAAAUAGUUAUUUAGAAGUGAUUGGUAGAUUCAAAUGUAUCUUUAUUAUAUAAAAUUUCAAAUCAAUCAGUAUAAGUUGAAAUUUCUGGAACCAUUGAUGAUACACACAUAGUUACAACAAACAAUUACACUGUUUGACGCGCGCUUCGAGAACUAGAUUAUCAUCUUCAGAUACCAAAGAGUUUUAUAUUGGGAACCAUCUCUAGGAUGUAAUAAAUACAUAUUAUACUCAAGUUUUUAACGAUGCAUACAUUGAUCCUUUUCAGUUUGUAUUUAUUUUCUAGAAGAUUAUAGAUCCUGUUAACAUAUGUAUAAGCAAAAUUUAAUCUGUUUUGAACUAUCAUAUAAAUUUUAGUUGAUGAGAUCGAUAGUUUUUUUCUGUUUAAAUCUUGUUCAAUAGCUAGUAAGUAUGGAUAGACUCCAUAAUUGAUUUUCGACUCUUCAUAACUAAAAAAUAUUUCUACCCCAGGUUAGUAUUUAUGGUGCAUCUUUUAAAAUCAGCUAUUUAUUCUUAAGGUGUGAAAAUCGAUGAAGUUUGAACAGAAAAUGUGGAAUAAUGUUGAUACUGAUUUUAUGUUCGACCAGUUUGAGAAAUGUAUCAAUAAUUGAGUGAAUCAUUCAAUGAUCUAAUUUAUUGAAUACCAAACAUGUAUUUUCCACUUCUGUAUAACUAUUUGUUUUCCUACAUCUAGAACUGACCUGUAUUAAUCACAUUUGUUACAAAAUUUUAUACACAUUGGCUACAACAGUUUCUGUUUACAUCUUUAAUUAUGGUAAACAAGAAUUUCUGAAAAUAAAAUGUUUUAUUGAUUAUGAAAUUAUAAAUUAGGUUAAUUCGUUAGGAUUUGACUUUUUCUUCAUAUGUAUAUUUCAUAUUGAAAACUUUCAAUUUAGAAACGUCAUUUCAUUAUUUAUGCCAGUGAUAGUGAUAGGUCUUAAACUACCUUUUUAUUUAUGAUCCAGUCAAAGCAUCUCACAUUCGGCCAUGUGAGUCUAAUGAAACAUUUAUUAAGGAUUUACUAUUACUGUAUCAUUAAUUAAUUAGUUUUAGUUGGUAUAUUUUUAUGCAAAAUUCUGUAACAGAUGUGAUUGUAUGUUUACUAAUGCGCGCAUAAAAAUGUAAAUAUACUUCUUGCUUGUAUCGCUGCACACACUACAUUUUAGAUAUUAAAAAUUGAAGACUUAAUUUUGUCAGUAUUCUAGUCAUUAGGUAAGAAUUACAUUGCUAACUACAUAAUGCGUUGUAGCUAUUUAUAUGUAAAAAAUAUUUGUAUUUACAAAAAUUGUUUUAUCAAUAAACAAUAUCAAAUAUCAA